AUGGCUUACCCGUACCCUUUUGCAUUCCCUGAUGCUAGACAAAUUUCCCAAGCGUCAUCCUACUCCACACUGUCCGGCGCACUUGACCCUGCAUCGGCUCAGUCAACGUAUCGGCCGAAUGCUAGUACCCCCGAUAAUGGAAUACCCAUCUCCCAGUAUAUACGUGCCCAGACAUCGUCAAACCCGGACCUCUCAGGUGCCCUCGGUCCUGCACAUGCACAAUCACACCAAUAUAUUCGGUCACGAGCCCCCGUAUGUACCGGGGCAUCCAUCUCGCCAUAUUCAGCUGUCCCAUAUGCGUUCAAUGGCAGCUACGAAGGGUCAUCUUCUGCCCGCUCGCCUUACCCAUACCCUGAGAGGAAUGUUUUGCACCCCGCCAAAUACAUGGCCAAUAUGCCACCCGCUGCGCCCAAAAAGAUGUACAAGACUGUUGUUCCUUCAGGAUUCCAUCGGCUCCCGCAGCCCGUUGUCACUGACACAUCUGCGUCCCCGAAAUCGUGGUGCAGGAUUGGAUCCCAGCACGCUGCCAUCAAAUUCAACAAGAAGGGUGGAGGGAUGGCCUUCCGUGUCGACGAGCUGGUCGAGCUCGAAGAUAAACCAGAGGUGGAAGGAGGCCAUGAUCAGGUGUUUAGCGGAAUAGGAGAUAGGUUUAUCAAGGUUUUCAUCACGUGGCCUGGGUACAGUCAAUUAAUUGUGGAAAGGCGUAUCUGCACCGAUAAUGGAACUCUCAAGAGAGAGAAGUUGCUCAAGUUGUUGGCGAAGUACGUUGAAGACCUCGUGCAGAAUAUCCACCGCAAAUCCAUACAUGUAGAAAAAGGAUACGAGAAAUACAAGGUUGAGUGGAGGCCCCGUGGGGUGCCCAGUAUUUGGAGAGACUGUUUAAUCACUAGCCUUGUCCACGAAUCGGGCUCCAACUGGCAGGUGGAACUUCAUGUGAAGGCUUGA